AUGUCUACAAAAUUUUUGGUCGAUUUAUCUAACGAUUAUGAAAAACUUUUUGAUAAUGAAAUAGGAUAUGACGUCAUUAUUUAUGCUGGGGAAGAACCGGAUAUUAAAGAAAUUCAUGUUCAUUCAAAUAUUUUAUCCGUUAGGUCUGAAUAUUUUCAUUCUGUAUUUUCUAAUGAAUUGGUUGAAAAAGUAAAUGGAAAAUUUAUUUUUAAAAAACCAAAUAUUUCACCACAAUUAUUUAAUAUCAUACUCAGAUUUAUUUAUUGUGGAAAUAUUGAAUUAAAAACUUUACAAGGAUUUGAUAUUUUAAAAUUAUUGUUAGUAGUUGAAGAACUUAAUAUUCAAUCAUUAAUUGUUUAUAUUCAAGAAUUUUUAAUUGAACAUCAACCGGAAUUUUUAAAACAAAAUCUAAUUGAUAUUCUUGAAACUAUUCAUCAACGUGAAUCGUUUACAGAAUUAUGGAAUUUUUAUCUUGAGAAAAUUUGUGAAGAUCCCAAGAUUUUAUUCAAUUCUGAUAAAUUUAUUAAUUUAAAAGAUAAUUUAUUAGAAUUAUUAUUAAAAAGAGAAGAUUUAAAUGUGGAUGAAAUUGAAAUUUGGGAGAAUUUGUUAAAAUGGUGUUUUGCACAACAAAAUAUGGAGAAUGAACCUACUAAAUGGAAUAAAGAAGAUAUUACAAAGAUUGAGAGGGUAUUAGAAAGAUUUAUACCUUUAGUCAGAUUUUAUGAUAUUAAGGCUGAGGAUUUCUUUUAUAAGGUUUAUUGUUAUAAAGAAAUUUUACCAAAAGAAUUAAUUCAUAAUCUUUUAGAAUUCCAUAUAGUUCCUAAUAUAAACCCCAAAAUUCCUUCAAGAAAGCCAACAAUUGAUUCAAAGAUAAUUAAAUUGAAUUAUCUUCCUCUUUUAGCCUCAUGGAUUGAUAAAAAAGAUUAUAAUAAAAAUAACAAUCCUUAUGAUUUUAAGUUAUUACAUCGUUCAAGUCAAGAUGGAUUUUCUACUGAAACAUUUCACAGAAAUUGUAAUAAAAAAGGGGCAACGAUUUGGAUAGCAAAAAUUCAAAAUUCAACACAAUUAAUUGGAGGUUAUAACCCACUUGAUUGGAACGGACCUUAUUGGGUAAGUACCAAAGAUAGUUUUCUAUUUAGCAUUGCAAAUGAAAAAGAUAUUUCUACAGCAAAAUUAGGUUAUGUUAAGGAUGCAAGGUAUGCUAUUUUUUGUGGUAAUGAACAUGGGCCUAAAAUGGGAGAUUUAGAAUGUAAGAGUACUAAUAAUUGGUCUUAUAAAGCUGAUAGUGGUGACUAUCCUAACAUAGGUAUUCCAGAAAAUUUUAUAGUAGAAAAUUAUGAAGUAUUUAAAGUAGUUAAAAAAUAA